AUGGCUUUGUUUGACGAAUAUUUUGAAAUCCUCGCAGAACAUCUGGGUGGUGCUUCUAUAGACCAAAUAAAAGUUAUCGUUGUUUUGGUCGCUUGUUAUCCAGCUUCACUAGGUCUUCGCUUUAUACGGAUUCCAGAACUUCGACACUUGUACAAUAUAGCCUUGUCUCUUUUCAUCUUUUUAGGAAUAUUUGAUCUGAUAGAUGCCGUCAGGAUCUUGUGUGUAAAUUCUUUGGUGGUGUACCUCAUUAUGUUAUAUGUAAAAAAUCAUUGGGGUCCAAGACUUGCUUUCAUAUUUCUUUUGGCCCAUAUGAGUAUGAGUCAUAUUUAUCGUCAACUAUAUGCGAUAUCUGUCACUCAAUACGAUGCAACAGGACCAGAAAUGGUUAUUGUCAUCAAAUUAACUUCCUUCGCCUACUGUUUAUUUGAUGGUCAACAACUAAACUUAAAAGAAGUGGAACAAGAAUUUGAUGAACAUGCACCAGAAUCUUCUUUUCAGUCACGUCAAAUAUCUUCUACGGAACGAAAAAUUGAUGAAUCCAUAGACAUCGCCCAAUAUACUCCUCGUCAAUUGAAAAAAGCUAUUCCUGUGAAUAAGUUUCCGUCAUUACUCGAAUAUUUCGGAUUUAUUUUUUAUUUCCCAUCAAUUUUGGUUGGUCCUGCUAUUGAAUUUGAAGAUUAUCGACAAUGGGCAGCCUCUUCGGGUGAAUUUGAAAAUGCUCCAAAUGACUUAGGUUUAAAACAAGCUGUGUCCAAGCUUUGGUUUGGACUCUUUUUAAUUGCUAUGUCAUUCGCCUUUGGCAGUCGGUAUCAAAUCUCUUGGACAUUAUCAGAUGAAUACAAAAAACUUUCACUUAUUGAUCGGAUCUGGUUCGUCCAAAUGGCUUGUUCCUGUGCUAGAUUCCGAUUUUACAUCGUUUGGCUUAUGUCGGAAGGUUCCAUGAUUUUAUCUGGUCUAGGCUACAACGGUAAUGAUGGAAGAGGAAAUAUUAAAUUCGAUCGAGUCGUUAAUAUUGAUGUUUUUGGAUAUGAAACUGCUGAUAAUCCCCGAGCUCUAAUUCAAGCUUGGAAUUGUCAGACAGAUAAAUGGUUAAAAAAUUAUGUUUAUCUAAGAGUAAGUCCACCAGGACAACGCCCAACUUUCUAUACAACACUCAUAACAUUUGCAAUAUGCGCAAUAUGGCAUGGUUUUUAUCCAGGAUAUUACUUUACGUUUUUAAGUGCAGCACUCUUGGUUACCUGUCAUAGAAGUUGGCUCUUCAGUCAAGCAAUUGUUAAUUAUAUUUGCCUACCUUUCAUAUUGUUAAAUUUACCAGACUGUUUAUAUGUAUGGAAAUUGAACGCCUUUUACGGGCAUGCAACCAUGUUUUUGGUAUUUGGUUUCUUCUUUGUUUUCAGUGGCCCUAAACUUUGUAAAUGGAUCAUCACAAACGUCAGUGAAAUUGAUGAUAAAAGUGAUGAAUUGGUUGGUGGUGAAUUGAUUGGUGAUGAUACGGUUGUUGAUAAAUUGGAGGAAUUGGUUGAUGAAAUGGUUGCUGAUGACAAGGAGAGGAAAAAGGUUCAAUAG